UAGUGCGGACUACGGAUGGAGUAUGUAUGUCCCAUAAUGUUGCUAAAGGUAUUUACCGGGCUGUGACGAAGUUUGUGUCUAUACCUGGCGCGAUAAUGCACAGGAGGAAAAUAGAACGCUUUCUGCACUUUUCAUGAUUGUUGCGGCAUUAGGCUACUGCAGCUAGCACUCACAAGAUGCAACACUGUAGAUAACUUUUGCACCAUGGAUUCCAGGACCCUUUCAACUACAAUUAGAGGUUUCACUUAUUUGGGGACUUCAUCAAGUUUUUUUUCAUUGCUAUUCAUUGUUUUCUCAAUUAAUGCAUUGCCAUUGAAAUAGUCUGAUGUCAAUUAAAAUGAAGGAUAAAUAAUUUAGCGGAGCUGAUUCUACAGGAGAAAUGUCCGAUUCACCUGAUUUCUCGGUUUUUUCCUCUCCCUGAGUUGAAUAAAUAUCGUGGCUCUUAUGGGAAUGAAACACUCCUCCCGCUGCAUGCUCCUACGGAGAAAAAUGGCGGAGGCCGAGAACCCAGAGCCCCCCAUCAGUACUGUCCCUUGCCAGUCUGUGCAGCCUGUCUCCCUGCCCAGGCCCAUACCCUCUGCCAACCAUGUGCCCCUCCUGCCCCACCCGGCCCACCCAGGGGGCCCUUCCUGCUGUCCCGGUCGGGGGAAGAUGGCUAAGUUCCUGAACCCCGAGGAGAUGACGUCCCGUGACUACUACUUUGACUCCUAUGCACACUUUGGCAUCCAUGAGGAGAUGCUGAAAGAUGAGGUGAGAACGCUGACCUACAGAAACGCCAUGUACCACAACAGGCACAUCUUUAAGGACAAGGUGGUCCUGGAUGUGGGCAGUGGCACGGGCAUCCUCUCCAUGUUUGCAGCGAAAGCAGGAGCCAAGCACGUGUACGGGAUUGAAUGCUCCAGUAUUUCUGAAUAUUCAGAGAAGAUCAUAAAGUCCAACCACCUGGAUGGUGUCAUCACCAUCUUUAAUGGGAAGGUGGAGGAGGUAGAGUUGCCAGUGGACCAGGUGGAUAUUAUCAUCUCGGAGUGGAUGGGCUACUGCCUUUUCUAUGAGUCCAUGCUCAACACCGUCAUCUUCGCCAGAGACAAAUGGCUGAAACCUGGAGGCCUGAUGUUUCCAGACCGAGCUGCUCUGUAUGUGGUCGCUAUUGAGGACCGACAAUACAAGGACUUUAAAAUCCAUUGGUGGGAGAAUGUGUACGGCUUUGACAUGACCUGCAUCCGCAAUGUGGCAAUGAAGGAGCCUCUGGUGGACAUAGUGGAUCCAAAGCAGGUGGUCACCAACUCCUGCCUGAUAAAGGAAGUGGAUAUCAAUACAGUGAAGCCAGAGGACCUUUCCUUCACCUCUGCGUUCUGCCUCCAGAUCCACCGUAAUGACUAUGUCCACGCUUUGGUCACCUACUUCAACAUCGAGUUCACCAAGUGUCACAAGAAAACGGGCUUCUCCACAGCCCCUGAUGCUCCUUACACACACUGGAAGCAGACAGUGUUUUACCUGGAGGAUUACCUCACCGUCCGCAGGGGGGAAGAGAUCAUCGGUAGCAUCGCUGUGAAACCCAACGAGAAGAACAACCGGGAUCUGGACUUCACCUUGGAGCUGGACUUCAAAGGGCAGCUAUGUGAGGCCGCCAUCUCCCACGACUACAAGAUGCGCUAGGGCCCCUCUGCGGGGGCGCUAUGGUGCCAGGGCAGCCCUGAGCCAAUCAGAGCAACAGAGAUACCUUCAUCACAGUGGUGCUGACCAAUCACAGACCAGGAUGGAGUGCAGGCAGUCCAAUCGUGAGCUGACACCAGACACUCAGAGAAUCACUCAGACAGAAAUAACAGGAUGUAACACUUUCAAGUUUAAAGGAUGUUCUUUUUCAGUGUGAGCAUUAUUAGUGGUAGUUAUUUGUUCUCAUUUGAGGAAUGUUAUCAAGGUUUGGUUGUGAUGUUGAAUUCAGGCCAUGGUGCGUGGUAUAGAUCUUGCCGAAUAAGGAGGAUCUUGCCGAAUAAUGAGGACAUGUAAUAAGCUUAUAUAUUAUAUAUUACCAUUAUUAAGCUAUUGGCCUGUUUUAGGAUCUUUAAGGGCUCAUGUCCUGUUGCAGUAUUAAAUAAACAGAACUGGAGAGUAUUUAUGUCAUAAUCAAAGGACGUAGUUGCAGUAUUGACUGAUAAGUUAAUUUUUCAUAUUAAUGUUUAUUUGCAUGUUAGUCCAUCAGAAAUCCUGAUUUGCCUCUAUUUAUUGUAUUACUUUAAGGUAUUAACAUGUAUUUUUCAGUAUAUAUUGAUGAGAGUACAUUUUGCGGGUGUUUAAAAAACAGCUAUUUUCAAAGGACAGUGCAAUGUUCUCAUAUUUUUAACAUUUUCUUUUGGUUCUGGGUUAUGGCUGGAUGAAUUAUGAAAAACUGUGAGUGAUGGCAUGUUUGCUGUGAGGUAUAAGAUGUUUUGUGCAAUAAUAUAUGAUAUGGAGGUUGGGGGGUGUUUGCUCCAUGCUUCUUGGUAAUU